AUGAAGGAGCCUCAGGAAGAAUAUAAUGUGCCCUUCCUUUCCGCUGAUGAUGAACCCACGACAGAAGUGAAUGAGGGUGAUCGUCAUCGUCGCCACGCGGUCAUUCUCCGGCAACCAUGGUGGCUGUUUGGGAUUAUCACGGCCUUCAUUCUCACGAAUAUCACGACCCUGCUUAUUAGCAGAGCGUUAUGGAAGUUGAAUCUCGACAGAACAUGCGCAUUUCAUACUUCACAGCAUGAAUGUAAGCUUUCAAGGCUCUUACAAAUCCGAGAUCAACCGAAGACACGUACCUGUCUGCAUUCUAUUGAUACUUUCAAAGCACUACUCCUUCGUGACCUGAAGAUAAAGUACAUACCCACGCGGGUCAACAUUUCAUUCGCCAAGGAAAACAUCUAUAGACGACAGCCGAGCCCAGAGGUCGAUGCUGCAUGGAUCGAUUUAGGGUCCCAAUACAGGCCACUCAUAGUCCCCUAUGAAUUCGCAGAGGCAGCAGGCAUAGAACGCAAUCGGUUUCAUAUCACCGAAAAAGAGGGAGGGCCGGGAUAUCCGGCAUUCGUGGCCGUGCUGCAUCAGUUGCACUGCCUGAAUCUUCUCCGGAAGAGUCUGUAUUUCAACGUGGAAUACUAUCGCAAUCUCGGCGAGAAUGAAUUCGGGAGCAGUGAGAAGGUCUUGCAAGCACACGUCGGUCACUGUCUGGAUAGCAUUCGCCAGAAAUUAAUGUGCUCGGCGGACACUGAACUACACCCGUACUUCUGGGUCAAGGCCGGUGAAAAACCACAUAUAUUCCCGGAUUUCAGCCGAGAUUUCAAGUGCCGCAACUUUCAUGAUAUCAGGGAAUAUGCUGAACGCCACCAAGCUCCAUGGGGUGAUGAUGCAAUAGACGUUAUCCCUAAGGAAGGAGAAUUGGUUCUUGAUGAAACUCCGUAA